AUGACGACUAUCAGUGCCAACAUAACAACUUGGAAUGAUUUAGCAGUUGAGUUUUACUUGGAUCUAUUUGAAUAUUUUGAUUUACAAGAAAUACUAAUGACAUUCUGGAAUAUCAGUCAACGAAUGAAUAAUAUUAUCACAAAUUCACAUUUACAUUUAUCAUUGGAUCUAUCUCUGAUGACAGAGGACAAAGAAUUUAAACAGAUCUGUUCAAUAAUAGAAAACAAUAUCUGUCCGUCACAAUUAAUUUCAAUACAAUCCCCUUAUGCAUAUCAUCAUUUCAAAACAAAAUUCAAUUUUCAUAAAUUUAAUUGUCUAAGAUCAUUAACAAUAUGGGAAGUUGAUUCGAAUGAAAUAGACUUUAUUUUGUCACAAUUAUCCAAAUUGGAAUAUUUAUCAGUCCUUAUUUAUUCUUGUAAUACUGAAAAUACAGAAUUUAGUCAUUUUUUUGUAAGAGUAUUACAAAUGUUUACAUUGCGAAAAUUACGAUUAUUAACAACCUAUUCAGAUGAUCCAUUGAAUUUAACACUGCCAUUAACAACAAGAAUACAAUCGUCAAAUAUUGAAUAUUUAACAAUUGAAACAAGAUUUGAUCUUCAGUUAUUGAAAUUGUUUCCAAAAUUACGCUAUUUGAACAUAUCGAUGGAUGCAUCUUCGAUUGAUGACGCUAAUGUUGAGAUAAUAACACUAUUCGACUUAACAACAUUAAUAUUGCAUUUGUUGUAUGAUGGAACAUUUAAUGAUCUUCGAUUAAAACUAUUGAAAUUAGCACCAAAUAUCAGAACCUUAAAUAUAAACGGAAAAAUGUUAUUAAAUGAUUUGAAUAUUCAUCAAUUAUCAUCAAUUAUGAGUGAUAUAUCGGAGAGUGAUUUUGAUAAAUUAACUGAUGCAGUAGUUAAUCAUUCUUCUAUUCGGUCAUUAGAUUUACAUAAAGUAAAUAUUAUAAUUUAUUUGGUUAAUUUACAAAAAAAGUUUUCACGCUCAACAUCAAUAAACUCUCUAUUUGAUAGUAAAAUAUCUGAAAUUCAAUUAAUUCAGCCGCAUAUCACAAUUGUUCCAUUCUUUAAUCAACAGCAAUUUAAAAUAUAUCGAUCGAUUACGAUUUUACGAUUUGAUUUUAUUUGACAACAAAAAGAUAGCUAAGAAAACAAUAAUAGAAUGUUGCAGGGAUAACAGAAAAGCGCGAGGAGCCCUUAUGGUUACUGUUACCCCCCAAAAAAAAGAAAAAGAAGUAGAUGUAAAUUUAUAUUUCCAAGAAAUCCUUUAGCUUUUGCUUAAAUGACCUAAUUGAUGCUGCAGUCACAACUUCGUUAGGUAACCCAUUCCACUCUAUUGCCGUGCGAUGAAAGAAGGAGUACAUUGUCGUGUACGUCCGUAGAUUGUCAUUAACAUGUACAACUUGAGAAUG